UCAAAAUACAAAAAGUGAACCGUUGGAGCAAAUUAUGCUUCCCCACAAACAUAACUACUUUUUUUCCCUUAAAAAACGCACCGCCAUUUCCAACUCGCGCCAUCUCUCUCUCUCAUCACACACAAUUGCACUCUUCUCUCUCUUUUUCUACAACAAGGAAAAAACAUUGAAUUUCGAAGAUCGAAACAAUUUUGCGUAUUAGAAAAAAAAAAUUUUGAUUUUUGAAGAUCCAAAAGAAUUUAUGUAUCAGAACUUGGCCGCCGGAAAAUGUCAUUCUCGGAUUCCGAAACGUCCUCUCACGGCGGAGAGUACAAGACAUUCCGUCAAAUCAGCCGCGAUAGGUUAUUGUAUGAAAUGCUCCAAGAUACCAAAGCAGGAGGGACGAGAUCAUCAUGGAAGGUACUCAUCAUGGACAAGGUCACCGUAAAAGUAAUGUCGCAUUCAUGCAAAAUGGCAGAUAUCACUGACCAAGGAGUUUCUCUGGUGGAAGACCUUUUCAGAAGAAGAGAGCCUUUGCCUUCAAUGGAUGCCAUAUAUUUCAUUCAACCUUCAAAGGAAAACAUCGUCAUGUUCUUGUCUGACAUGUCAGGAAGAGAACCAUUAUACAAGAAAGCAUAUGUAUACUUCAGUUCACCGGUAGCAAAAGACCUUGUUAACCGGAUCAAGAACGAUACUAGUGUUUUACCACGUAUUGGUGCAUUAAGAGAGAUGAAUUUAGAGUACUUCUCUAUAGACAGUCAGGCAUUCAUAACUGAUCAUGAAAGAGCACUUGAAGAGCUCUACGGUGAAAAUGCUGAAAAUUCUCGCAGAUUUGAUAUGUGUUUGAAUGUAAUGGCCCUGCGAAUUGCCACCGUUUUUGCUUCGCUAAAGGAAUUUCCUUUUGUACGGUAUAGAGCUUCCAAGGGACCUGAUGCCGCCACAGCGACUGCUGGUCGAGACUUAGUUCCUACAAAACUUGCCUCAGCAGUUUGGAACAACAUUUCAACUUAUAGAUCUUCCAUUCCCAAUUUCCCAGCAACAGAAACAUGUGAACUACUUAUAGUGGACAGAUCAGUUGAUCAGAUUGCUCCUGUCAUUCAUGAAUGGACGUAUGAUGCUAUGUGCCAUGAUCUGCUUGAUCUUGACGGAAAUAAAUACGUACAAGAGAUUCCUAGCAAAACAGGUGGCGAGCCUGAAAAAAAGGAAGUCCUUCUAGAAGAUACUGAUCCUGUUUGGCUUGAGCUCCGACAUGUUCACAUAGCAGAGGCUAGUGAACGGUUGCACGAGAAGAUGUCAAAUUUUGUUUCCAAAAACAAAGCAGCACAGUUACAACAGAGAGAUGGUAGUGAAUUGUCCACAAGAGACCUGCAGAAAAUGGUUCAAGCUUUGCCACAAUAUAAUGAUCAGAUGGCGAAACUCUCUCUCCAUGUGGAGAUUGCUGGAAAAAUUAAUAAAAUCAUCAGAGAUGUUGGUCUUCGAGAACUUGGACAACUGGAGCAGGAUCUUGUAUUUGGAGAUGCAGGAACUAAAGAAGUCAUCAACUUUAUGAGAGGGAAACAGGAAGGAAUGUCUGAAAAUAGAUUGCGGCUUUUGAUGAUUUAUGCUUGUGUCUAUCCAGAAAAGUUUGAGGGCGACCAAGCAAUAAAGCUCAUGCAGUUGGCCAAAUUAUCACGUGCGGACAUGAAAACUGUGAAAAAUAUGAAGUUGCUCGAGGGGGCAGAAUCAAAAAAGACUUCGCUCGGGGGUUUCUCACUCAAGUUCGAUUCAGCAAAGAAAAAGCAUGCAGAAAGAACGGAUCGAACUGGAGAGGAAGAGACGUGGGCGCUAUUUCGGUUUUACCCUAAGAUAGAGGAGUUAAUUGAAAAGUUGAGCAAGGGAGAAUUGGCAAAAGAUGAGUACCCGUGCAUGAACAGUUCUAGUGCUUCGACUCAAGCGAGUUCUGGAGCUUCACAGGCUGCAUCGGUUAAGACAGGUCAAUCUACUACUGCUCCACAUUCUAUGAGAUCGAGACGAACUGCCGCGUGGGCACGCCCUCGUUCUUCUGACGAUGGAUAUUCAAGUGAUUCAGUCUUGAGAAGUGUAUCUACUGAUUUCAAGAAGAUGGGACAGCGGAUUUUUGUGUUCAUAAUUGGUGGGGCAACGAGAUCUGAGCUUAGGGUUUGCCAUAAGCUUACUCCAAAACUAAGGAGGGAAGUGAUACUUGGUACAACUAGUCUUGAUGAUCCACCUCAAUAUAUUACGAAACUUAAGCUCCUGUCAGAAAAGGAGCUUUCAAUGGAAAACAUUAAUUUCUGAAAACUCGAAAGUUUUUGUACAACAUAUUUUUGGACAACAUAUUUUUGGACAAACAGGCGCAGAUUGGGUCCAACGGCUUUCUUUAUCUAUCUUCACACUUACGUUUUUUGGUUUUUAGUUUGUUACAUCUUCUAAUACAUUGUCUAGAAUGCAGUUGAUAUAUAAUGAAGCAGCCAGGCGUCGGAUCUAGACGGUUCAUUCCUGGAUCGCCCUGCUCGUGGAUUAUAUAUCAUAUAAUAUGAUGUAUAUUUUUUUUUUUUUUUUUUUCUGAAAUAUAUUUUUGUGAAUUUUAGUAUGUGUAGAGGUAGGUGGGAUUGCCUACAUUAUUAGUUUGUCUACUCUUACUACAUAAUGUAUUUCAUUUAUUUUUUUUAAUUAUGAAGCUCAUAUCAAAUAAAACAUCACAACAUA